CUACAGCUACGUUCUGCUUGUCUUCGCUAGGUUAGCACUCUUGAGCAAGUCAGCGCUUGGUCAUGCCCCAUCCGUCGGCCCAUUAUUAUUGAGGACAUUGCAGUCAUGCUGCCUACUAGUACUGUACCUCCAGAUUAAUGCGGACCCGGAACCGCAGGGCACCAUGCUACGGAUCCCGCCUGUAUACAGAAUCAGAAUACUGUAUGUAUAUACAGCCUGCGCAUUCCCUGGAGCUUGCGGGGACCAAAGCUGUUGCAUAAAAUCGCAAUAUCAAAAUGCCCUAGAUCGCGUGAUUUCUCGGCCGGCAAGCCCAUCAGUCAAGGGUCAUCCUUUACUUAAGUUCUAUAACAACGAAAAUCGACAUGGACAACCAACGUCUACAAUUACUUUUCAGAAGAGCAUUCUGCUGCCCCCGUGGUGUGCUAUGC